GAUUCCCACUGCUUCCUCUCUCUCUCUCCUCAAAUCUCUCCAAGAAGGCUUUUGCAGCGCUUCAAAGCACGGCCUUCAGCACUGGGGGCUUUGUGCAUUUGAUGCCGGAGAAUCCCAAGGAGGACCUCUUUGUGGCGCGCAUCGAGAGCUUUCUGGAAGAGCGCGGUCACAAGAGCCUCUGCGUGCGCUGGUACUACCGCCUUCAGGAUCUGGCCCACAAGCCUCCCACUCCUCCAGAGCCCAACGAGCUCUACUACACCACAUACUAUGACGUGCAGCAUUUUGAAGCAGUGUGCCGGGAGCCAUGUGCGAUGGCGCAUGCUGGCACCCACAGCCUCAACUCCCAGGGAGUUGAGGAGAAUGCGCGAUCCUAUGUGUGCAAGUAUGUAUAUGUAUCGGAGAAGGGAGCUUUCCUGCCCAUCAAAGGAGCUGAAGCAGGAGACGGCACAAAUCAGCGGCAGCAGCAGAACGAGGAAGAGGAAGAGGAGAAGAAGCCUCCUUCAGACGCUCUCCUUGCACGUGCUGAGAGCAGUGGCAGCAGCAGUGGCGGUGGGCUGCAAGUGAAGCCGGGAGUGGCAUAUGAGAUCAAUGCAUCAGAGCUUCCGCCCAAUGCUCCACACCACCUUCGCCUUGCACGCACUGUCGUUGUGUCGAAGAAUGAAGGCAACAGCAUCACAAUCAAGUACCCAUCCCCCUUGUCCAUUCGCAAGGCCUUUGGUGAGUACCUGCACCAGGCCCACCUGCUCUCCUUCUGGCUGCUGCACCCGCACGAGUUCCCCUGGACUGAUGCUGCUGCUGCUGCUGCUGCUGCUGCUGCUGCUGCUGCUGCUGCUGCUGCUGCUGCUGCUGCUGCUGCUGCUGCUGCUGCUGCUGCUGCUGCUGCUGCUGCUGCUGCUGCUGCUGCUGGGGAUGCUUGUGUCACGUUUGAGGGUUCUAUAUCUCCCUGCGCGGCUGCUGAGGAAGAGGGGUGUGGGGGAGGAGAGCAAGGGGAGGAGAUCGAGCAAAGGGGGGAGGGUGUGGGGGAGGGAGAGGGAGAGCGAGGGUCUGCUGCUGCUGGUGCGAGAGUGAUGGUGAGUGGUGGGGAGGGAGGAGAAGGUGAGAUUAUGACCGGAGUUGAGUUAGGAAGAGUGGAUGGUGAAGCAGAGGGAUCAGGGGGGGCAGCAGGGGAGGCAUUUGCAAGUGUGGAUGAGGCAGCAGAGGCACUCACUCAGCUGAAACCGUGCGGGGCAGUUUCUCAUACCCCUGCUCAUGCUGCACAUGCUACUGCUGCUGCUGCUGAUGAUGAUGAUGAUGCUGAUGCUGCUGAUGAUGAUGAUGUUAAUGCUGAUCCUGAUGCAGAUGCUGACAGUGAUGCUGAUGCUGAUUGUGCUGUGGUUGAAACUAGAAGUGAAGACGCAAAUGGAGAUGCGACAAUAGAAGCAGAAGCAGACGAAGCAGAAGACACAGCAGAACCAGCAGCAGUUGAAGCCGAAGCAGAAGAGGAGGCGGUGGAUAUAAGCGCAUGGCCCAAGAGAAGGCGGGGCGGAGGGGGCAGCAGGAGCAGGAGCAAGAAGGCGCGCACGGUGGUGGUGGUGGUGGCAGGCAGAACAGGGUCCGGCAACGAUGCUUCCAGCCUACCCUCCUCUGCCAGCAGCGGUGAGGAUGUGGAGGAGGAAGAAGCAGCAGUGGCGGUGAGCAGGGCGAGGGGGAACGGCGAGAGCAAGGAGAAGGACGCGGGCAGGAAUGGCAAGAAGGACGCUCACCUGCUCAAGCUACCCAAGGACAUGCAGGGCCGCUGGUCCAAGGAACGGUACCGCACGGCCCAGGUGAAGCUAGUGGACAUCAUGCGGGCGCAGGGGGCCAGGCCCGGGAAGCCGAUGCUGCGGCCGGUGCUUCGGGAGGAGGCUCGGCGGUACAUCGGAGACACGGGGCUGCUGGACCACCUGCUGAAGCACAUGACCGACACCGUGGUGCCCUUGGGGCAGCGGUUUAGGCGCAGGCACAACAGCGAGGGCGCCAUGGAAUACUGGCUGGAAGACGCGGGGCUCAUGGCUAUCAGAGCGGCGGCGGGCAUCAGUGACCCCACGUGGGUGCCCCCACCAGGCUGGAAGCCAGGAGCAGACCCCCAUCUGCCGUGCGGUACCAAGCGGUGCCACAAGGUGGAGCGGGAUGUGGAGAGGAUGGGGGGCUCUGUGUCUUCCAUGCGCAAAGAGCUUGAUGAGCUGAGGCGGCAGGUGGGCAAGCUAUCAUCCAAAAGCAACAACCAGCAGCAGCAGCAGCAGCAGCAGCAGCUGAUCCCCUGUGUGACCCCCUGUGUAACGAAUGGGAGCAUGUGGGAGGCGAAUCACUCAGCCUUGCACAAUCUGCUCACUAAUGUAUGGGAGGAGCUAAAGCAGCACAACAAGCUGAACCAGCAGAUCCUGCUCGCACUCAACACCAGCAACACCGAGGUACUGGAUGCCAUCACAUGCCAGGCUGCUAAGUCCCUGCCUGCCAUUCUCGCCGCUGCUGCCGGCACCCUGCUUUCUCUGCCCCAAUCUGACCUCCACGCCCCCAACGCACAGCAGCAGCAGCAUCAGCAGCAGCAUGUGCAGGGGAACACCAGGAGCAGCAACACCCUCCCUGCUCUUGUUCUCCCCCAAGUCUCCGCUUCACUGCCGGUGCAGGUACCAUUUCAUUUCACCAAGCACUGA